AUGGGGAGAUUAAACAAUCGGGAGGAAGAGAGAGAGUUAAGGCAAAGGGUAAGGAAGCAAGAAAGAUGGGCUGCUCCUGAUGAAAGGUGGAUCAAGCUGAAUAUUGAUGCUGCUUUGAAUCAGCAGACAAAUAAAGCCGGCUGGGGUAUUGUUGCUAGAGAUUGGAAGGGGAAGCUGGUUGCUACAUGGGCUUGUCCUUCCUUUACAUGUUCAGCACCAAUACUCGAGAAGGCAUUGGCAAUCAGAACUGCAAUGGUUAAAGCUGCUUUGGAAGGCUGGGGAAGGAUCAUUAUAGAAUCAGAUUGUAAGGCUGUAAUAGAUAGAAUACUGAAGGAUAUGGAUGAUGUGGUUCUAUCCACAGUUUUGCAGGAUAUUAAGCUGCUAAAACAUAACUUUGAGAAAUGUUGUUUCUCCUUUGUUCGAAGGGAGUUCAACUCUAUUAGCCAUAAGUCAGCAAAAUUUGCUCUAAAUUUAGGGUCUGUUGUUGAUUGGAAAGCUUGUUUUCCAGUUUGGUUGCUUGAUAGUGCUCAAGCAGACGUUGAGGAGCAGUUGCUCCAGGAUGUGUAA